UCUGACCAAUUGCCAGCAAAAAAGUGGGUAGGUUGAGAUAAAAAUGCAAGAAGUGAGCAUGGACAACGUUCGUUAUAGAGGCACAACCCUAAAGAUUUUCCCCUUAUAAACACAAGUGAUAAACGUGUGGACUUUAAAAUUGGCUGCAUUUGCGAGAAGCCGUGUUAUAUCAUCUGAGGAAGGUUGUGGGAGAUCGACGAACUACAAAAAUGGAGGAGCAAACCAAGGGCAAACCCAUCCGCUGCAAAGCUGCUGUAUGUUGGAACCCAGGGGAAGUCCUGGUGAUAGAAGAGAUAGAAGUGGCUCCACCCCAAGGAUAUGAAGUUCGAAUAAAGGUCAUAUGCACCUCCCUGUGCCACAGCGAUAUCACUUACCGGAAUCGCAAGGAUCUGCCCCUGCCCUUUCCACUAAUAUUCGGCCACGAAGCCGUUGGGGUGGUGGAGAGCGUGGGAGAGGGGGUGGAUGAAGUGAAGGAGGGGGAUUUGGUGGUUCCCUUCUUUCUGCCAGAGUGCGGCGACUGCACCGACUGCAAAUCACCAAAAAGCAACCUAUGCACUAAGGUCCCCUUCCAAAUCGCUGGAAGCAUGAUUCGUUCUGGCACCACCAGGUUCUCUGCUCUCGCUGGUGGCCGCCACCACCCUUCUCCUAUAUACCAAGUGCUUGGUGUCUCCAGUUUCUCUGAGUACACCGUUGUGGACGUUGCUAAUGUUGUUAAAAUCCCCAUUGAUCUGCCUCCAGAUAUGGCUUGCCUUCUCAGCUGUGGCAUCUCAACUGGAGUGGGAGGUGCGUGGAGAGCCGCAAUGGUAGAAGCAGGAUCUACAGUGGUCAUCUUCGGAUUGGGAACAGUGGGACUCGCUGUUGCAGAAGGAGCAAGAAUACAGGGGGCAUCGAAGAUUAUUGGGGUGGAUCUUAAUCCUCAAAAAUUCGAACUCGGGCAGGUUUAUGGGCUCACCGAUUUCAUCAAUCCAAAAGAAUGUGGUGACAAACCAGUGCAUGAGGUCGUAAGAGCGAUGACUGAUGGUGGUGCAGACUAUUGUUUUGAAUGUGUCGGACUGGCUUCUCUCAUGAGUGACGCAUUCCUAAGCAGUCGGCCGGGUUGGGGAAAGACCAUAAUAUUGGGAGUAGAAAUGCAUGGAGCUCCGUUAUCUAUCAGCGCAUUGGAGAUCCUCAAGGGAAAAACUGUGAUGGGUUCCAUGUUUGGAGGAAUCAAACCUAAAGCCGAUAUCCCCAUUUUGGCAAACAAAUAUCUUAAAAAGGAGCUUCAAUUGGAAGGAUUCAUCACCCAUGAGGUGAGUUUCCAGGAUAUAAACAAGGCUUUCGAUUUGAUGCUCCAAGGCGAAUGUCUACGAUGCAUUAUCCGGAUGGAUGCAUGACCAUGUCUCAUGUAUUUGGUUUUCCCCUCUUGCUUCUUUCUGCUAGACUGCGAUUGUAAAUAAAAUAUACUGAUUGGGUUCAAUAAAUGUAUUAUUAUUGCUUUCA